AUGGAAGUUGAGACAGCGGAAGGCGUGGAGGCGGCGAUGCAUCAGCACCCGCAGUCGACACCGCCAUUAGAGCAUCGGCUCUCACAGGUAGGGCAGCAAGAGGAGGAGCAGAAUGAGGCGGAAGAGGAGGAGGAGGAACAACAAGCUCAGCGGCAGCGGUUGCAGGAGCAGCAAUCACAACCCUCGCCGGCACAUGAACAGGAGCAGGAACAGGAGGAGCAGCAGCUACAACCCCCUGAGUUGACGGCGCUACUACAGCCGCAGCUACAACCCCAGACAGAACAGCAGCAACAGCUGCUGCUACAGCCCCGGCGGCAGCCCCGGCGGCGCUUAGAGCCCACCAAGGUAUCUGACGGAGUCUCACCGCGGCAGCAGCAGCAGCAAGAAAGUGGUGCUACUGCCGGUGCCGGCGGCGGCAGUAGCAGGGCAGCAGGGGUCGCGGACCAGCCCGGCGCCCUGUCAGGGCCAUCUGCUGGGGAAGGCCGGCCGGCGAAGAGAUCUAGGCUGCAGCAGGUUUCGGAGGAGCGUCUUCAGGAAGAUCUAGUGCAGUCUGUGGGUUUGGAUCCUUGGGGCCUCUCCGAGGAGGAGGAGGCGCUGUUGAGCGAUGUGGAGGCGCAACGGCCCGGACACCCCCCCCUGGCUCGACAACAGUACUUCAAGACGCGGAACCUGAUUUUGACUCUCUGGCGGGUCAACGUACGGCGACAUCUGAGCAUGACGGACGCAUGCAAAGCCGUACAGAUGCAGUACGCAAAGUACGCUGAGGUGGCUUGGACGUACCUCCAUUCGUACGGCUUUAUUAAUUUUGGUUUGGCGGCGGCCGUACCUCCGGAGAUAGAGCACGAGGAGACGGUUAUUGUGGUUGGGGCCGGGCUAGCUGGUCUGGCCGCAGCCCAGCAGCUCCGUCAGCUGGGAUAUCGGGUGCUGGUGCUGGAGGCACGAACGCGCCCGGGGGGGAGGGUCCACACAGCGAGACUGGAGGGCUGCAGGAAAUUACAACAGCCGCAAGAACAACAACAACAGCCGCCGCAACGGCGUACGGAUACCGGAGGACCUAACGGACAUGCCGUACAGGCAGAAACCUUCAGCCAGACGGACGGCGUUGGGAAUGCGGUGGUGGGGUUUGCUGACCUGGGGGGUUCUAUCUUGACCGGCUGCGACGGCAAUCCGCUGGCGGUCCUGGCGCUCCAGGGGGGGGUGCCGCUGCAUGCCAUUGUGGACGAGACACCGCUGUACUGGGAGGAUGGAAGCCCCGUGGAUGCCGUACUUGAUCGGAAGGUAUUCGACAUGUACAACACGGUUUUAGACCGUUGUGAUGCGCUGUGUCAGCAACUCGGUUCCGCUGCGGGGGAGCUCAUGUCGGUGGAGGCGGCGCUCAACGCGCUGUGGGGGCAAGUGUCGGCCGAAACGGCCGCAGUAGCAGCAGCAGCAGCAAGGAAACCUUGCGCAGUAGCGGCGGAGGCAGUAGCAGCAGCUGCAGCAGUACCGACAGCUACUGGUGGUGCGAACACAAGCCACGGCGAUCCAGAAGGCGCUGGUGGUGGUGGUGGUGGUGGUGGUGGCGGUGGUGCAAGCAAUGGCGAUGCGAGUCCGGAUGAAGAGGAUAUGGCCAGGAUGGCGGACCAGCUGUUUCACUGGCAUGUGGCCAAUUUGGAGUUCGCGAAUGCGGCCCCGGCUGCAGAGCUGUCUCUGAGGCACUGGGACCAGGACGACGCGUACGAGCUGCUAGGGGAGCAUACCUUCGCGGCGGGUGGCAACGGCCGACUAGUGCAGCUGCUCACACAAGACUUGCCGAUAUUGUACGGCUGUCCCGUGACGGAGAUCCGGUACGGCAACAACGGUAACGGUAACGGCAACAAUGGCGGCGGCGUGGCGGUUGUGACGGAGUCUGGGGCGGUGCUUGAGGCGACGGCGGCGGUGGUGACUCUGCCUCUGGGGGUCCUCAAGACCGACGCAGUUCGAUUCAGCCCUCCCCUCCCUGCAGCGAAGCAGGGAGCCAUAAAGCGGCUAGGAUACGGGCGGUUGAACAAGGUGGCUUUACUGUUUCCGUACGCCUUCUGGGACACCUCCGUGGACACGUUCGCCUGCGUCAUGAAGGACAAGCAGCGGCGCGGCGCCCACUACCUGUUUUACUGCGGAGCACACACUGGCGGUGCGGCUGUUCUCACAGCGCUAGUGGCAGGGUCCGCAGCCAUCGCCGUGGAGAGCAUGACCGACCAGCAGGCCGUGGAGGAGGUCAUGCGGGCCAUGGUGACGCGGUGGGGUAGUGAUCCGUACUCCUUGGGGUCGUACAGCUCCAUGGCCGUAUCCUGCCGGGGGGCUGCGGAGUACCAGGCCAUGGCAGCCCCCGUGGGCGGUCGGCUGUUCUUCGCCGGGGAGGCGACCAUACACAGGCGAGUUUCUGUAUGUAUGUACCCCGCCACCAUGCACGGGGCCUUCCUCAGCGGACUGCGCGAGGCGGGCAGAAUCCACUACUCCCUCGCACGAGCUCGACACGGCCUACUCCCCAGAAUUCGUCGGCUGGCCGCUCUGGGUGCUGGUUUGCGGGUGCUGUUCUCAACACGGGAGCCCGAUCUUGAGUUCGGUUGCUUCAAGGCGCUGUUCGGACCCGAGGUCCCCGGGGCCCAGCAGUGGUCCCUCGUGCAGAUCGAUUUGGGUGUAGGCUACGGCCGAUCUCGAAGCAGAGCACUUGGCGUCGGCGACGGUGCCGACGGCGGAGGCGAAGGGGAAAACGCCGAGGCCGUGACUGACGCCGCCGGGCAGCGGGGUGCCGCGGGUGGCGCCGGCGCCGCCGGCGGCGGCCGUGCCGGUCGCCGACGCGGCGGCGCAGGCGCAGGCGCCGGCGGUACCGCCGCCGCCGCUUCAGCCGCCGCCGCCGCUGCCGCCGGGACCGCCCGGCCCGGCAGCCAUCGCCGCAACCGCCAUGUCGUACACAUUCCGUUGCCUCGAGCUGCUGUGGAGGCGCUAUGGUGCAUGCGGGGGGGUGACGAUGCCCGGCUGUUGGCACUGACGGGGCCCUUCGGAGUCACACUGCCAGGUUGCGGUGAGGCUGGCCCCGAUUGGGAUCCGUGCUGUCAAAUGGAGCAGCUGUAUCAGCAGAUCUGCCGGGACCGGGAACCGCCACCGCUGCCGGCAGCACUGGAGGCCGUCAUCGCUGCCAAGGGCGAGGGCCGGGGGAUGGAGACGGCGACGGGUGUGGCCGGCGGCGGGUGA